UUCAACGUGCCAACACAACUGACACCACAGCUGUGUUUUCCGUGGAGGUGGCGUGAACCAUGCCCUGUGGGACCCUGAUAAUCGGCUCCUUUAGCUGCUAGCUCCAGGACGGGUCCCCAACGGCCUCCGAUGGUUUCCUCUUGUGAAAGUGCCUCUGCUGCCGAACGCUCUGCAGGCUCCUGCCCAUCGGCCGGUGCACCUGCAACGGGAAGCGCCAGGCUGAGGCAGGAUGUGACACACAGCGCUUGUAGCGCCGUUUGACUGCAGUGGUUGUGACAGUUGGGGUGAGGCAACGCGGCGCCGCCCGGCAGCACCGGCGCUCGGCUCCGUCUGAUCGUCUGGGCCGCAGCAGGUGGGGUUUCCGCGGCGCUAAUAGGGGCGGCUGAUCAAAAGCACCAAGUCGAUUUCAUCUCGAGCGUUAUUAGGUGAGCCGGUUCCCACGGCAACCAGCUCGUCAACAGGAAGCCACCGUGCGGGAGAGCGCAUCAACAAAGAGCUCAGUGGAAAGCACGUUAUGGCCGUCGGCUCCUCGCUCUGACACGGUUUAAAUCACAGCACUGAUGCAAAUGAUGACGAGCAGAACCGAAACCAGCGGCCUCUGAUCGCCGAGACCCGAGGAGACCCCCAGGGACCCGCUCCACCCCCGGCCAGCUUGUGCUGCUCAGCGCCCCCCGCGGUGAGGGGGGACCCGGGCCGGGCCGAGGGAGGCUGAGCCCGUGCGAGCGUCGCUUGGAUCGAGACGGAAGCCGCUUCUGCAGUGGGAGCGCGAGCCGGUCACAUGAUCCAUUUCCGUUCUGUGUGUCAAAGUUUGAAGCCGAACCCACACUUCCUCCGAAGACAAACAUCUCUGCUUCUCUCUGGAACGGGCACUCGGCACCUGCCACGCUGCCUCCGCGCUUCUGUAGGCCACCAUCAUGACGGGCAACUCCAGCGGGUUGGACAACGCCACCCUGGCGCUGUUCCAGAACGCCGACACCAGCGUGGUCGUCUCCCUCAUCUACGCGGCGGUCGCCGUCGUCAACCUGCUGGGCAACGGCCUCUCCAUGUGGCUGCUGCUGUUCCGCACCUCGCCCAAGACGCCCUCCAUCAUCUUCAUGAUCAACCUCACCUUCACCGACCUGGCCCUGGGCCUGGCCCUGCCCUUCCAGAUCGCCUACCAGCUGCGCGGGUACGACUGGGGAAUGGGCCCCGGGAUGUGCAGUUCCCUGACGCUCGUCUUCUACACCAACAUGUACUGCUCCAUCCUGACCAUGACGGCCAUCGGCAUCGACCGCUACCUGGGCAUCGUCAAGCCCAUGCUGUUCAGGGAGACGCGGGAGAAGCGGUCCAUCGCCGUGAUCAGCUGCUUCGCCAUGUGGGGCCUGGUGCUGAGCGUGCUGCACCCGCUGAUGACCACCGACCUCACCUUCCGCGUGCCCGAGCUCGGCAUCACCACGUGCUUCGACGUGCUGAAGUGGAGCAUGCUGCCGUCCAUGGCGGCCUGGGCGGCCUUCCUCUUCGCGCUGGUGUUCGUCCUCUUCCUCUUCCCCUUCUGCGUCACCACGUUCUGCUACGUGCGCGUCAUCGGCCAGCUGGGCAAAGAGCGCACGGACAAGAAGCGCAGGGCGACGCGUCUGGCCUUCGUCGUGCUCCUGGUCUUCACGCUGUGCUUCGCGCCCAAUAACAUCCUGCUGCUGGCGCACGCCGUGCUCAGGCUCUUCUAUGAUAAGUCUCUGUACAUGGCCUACAAACUGUCCCUGUGCCUCAGCUGCCUCAACAGCUGCCUCGACCCUUUCAUUUACUAUUUCGCGUCGAAGGACUUCAGGCAGAAGCUGAGACAGGUCUUAAGGUUGUCGAAUAUCCACAGCCUGAGCAGCAUCGACUCCGUGAAGCUGGAGCACAAAGAGAGCCAGUACACGGCACACUGCGGUUACGAAGGUCAGGAGAGAGAGAACAGCGAAGUCUGAGGCCCCCGAAGAAAACAGUAACACGUUAAUAAAUGAGCUCAAGCUGCUGCAGUUCACUCUGAAAAAGGCAUUACUAUGUAGCAUCUACACAUACAAGUGCAUAUUUCAUCUCUUGCUCAUGUAUCUAUAAAUGAUCUUUUUUAUAUGUUUGUGUACUUUUCUAUGUAUGUAAAAAGCAAUUUUCUUAAAUGUCUAUAUGUUUAUGUUUCCCUUUUUUUACAAAUUCACUACUUCUCCUGUACUGUGUUUCACUUAUUAAACGCAGUAAAUGUGAAA